AUCUGACUUUUAAUCAGAGGGUCGCGGGUUCAAGUCCCUCAUCGGGCGAGAGUAUACUUUUUUGCAUUUGUUAUAAAUUCCUUUUUUUUUUUCUUUCAUGAAUACCAACAACAUUGUAUCUUUUAUUUUGUUUAAUCCUGAAUUUCUUUUUGCUUUUAUUCUGGAGGAAACGAGAUUUCUGUACUUGUUUGUCCAUACGGAAACGACAUAAGAAGCGCGUCAAGCUACAUUACAGUCCCACAUGCUGAUAUUCCUGUGAGCUAUAUGCUAAUGGUGUACCAACCAAGCAAGUGACGUGCUGUCGACGUGGACAUGCUCCUUAUGGCUUUUAAUUUUAAAAGUCUUUGAAUGUGUUCAAGAAUUCUGAAUAAAUAGUAUAAAAACACGAUAACUUGGCUUGGAAAUCAACAGGAAACAGAGCAAACAGUGUCUAUUUCAUCGUCGUAGACCAUAUCUGAGCAUCAUCAUGGCAAAAAGCGACAGAGAUCAACAAGCAGGUCAGAUUUUUGGGAGCAGACAACAUGAGCUGAAACUUGGCAAAAGCUUUCAAGAAGACAACAGCUGUGGAUUCCAUACCAUAAGAUAUGACUUCAAGCCAGCAUCAGUAGAUUAUUCAAGAGAGGCUGCACUAGAUGUGGGAGAAAGCAAUGAAGUCAACAUUACAUUCCCAAAUGCAGAGAACAAGGGUAGUACAGUAUUUGGUGGAUCUAAGAAACCAUAUCAGAAGGAAUGCGUGCUGAUCUUUGAUCAUCGGACUGGAGAGUUUACACUUGAACGCCUCAGCUGUAACAUUCAGGUCAAGAGACUGAGACAAGAGGGAACAAGCAAAGCCCAGAAGCCUCCUAAAGGCCAACAAGCGUCGGGCUCCAAGAGCUCGCCCAACCCUCGAUCAAGCAGCCAAGCAUCCUCAAAAAGCUCCCCUAACCCUCGAUCAAGCAGCCAAGCGUCCGGCUCCAAGAGUUCUCCCAACCCUCGAUCAAACAGCCAAGGCAACAAGAAGAAAGACACUCCUCUCAACUCACCGGCUCAACAAGCUGAAAGAAGAGUUGAAAGGUCACCAGCACCCCAGCCGUCCCCUCUCGCCGCUUCCGAGCCUUCCCCUGCCCCACCCAGUGUACCUAGCGUCGUGGACAGAGAGGCAGACUCGUCGGACAGCUACAUGUCGGCCAGUGAUAGUGAUGACGAUAGCAGUAGUAGCAGUGGAAGCAGUUCAAGCGACAAUGAUGAGGAUGAUGAUGACGGUGACAGGGAUGCAGGAGCUAGGAGGAUUGAACAAGCAACAGAGAGAGUUUCCAGUAAAUUGUCACCAGCCCAGCCAAGUCCAGUGUCAAGACUACUGAACGUCAGCCCUUUAUUAACUCUCAGUGAGGAUCUUCAGCUGAGUGAAUCUGGUAGUGACAGUGAUAGUGACUGAUCCAGGGAGUAUAUCAGAGAUCUAUCCGCUUCCAUUAUAUGUGCAAUUAUUUUCUUACUCAUUUAACCAUUAAUAAGUAUCUUGUAAGGCUCAUCUAUACAUGAGGCAGUAAAAGACAGCAUUUUUUUUUUUAAUUGUGACUUACCGGUAGACGUAAAUGCUUAAAGAUUACACACAACGUGAGGCUGUGCACAGGAGGUAGCCAAUGGCAGACCUGUAUUCAAGUCACAUGUUUAUGUCUUCUUCUUAUUAUUGAAUUCCUCCGCUUGGCAAAGAGCCAUGCAUGAGCACGGGUUAUCGGGAAACAGCAGCACUGUCUUAUCAUCCCAACUUGCCAUUUACUUACAAUGAAAAAUAAAGGAAUUUCCUGUGUCAUGCGUGAACAAGUCGGUAGAUAUAUACAAAUGUACAUUAUUUUAAAUGAAGUAUAAGUGGUACAUUUCAUUUGGGAGACUGUGAAUUGUAAGUUUUCAGGGUUACACCAUGUAAUUCUUUCAAAGGAAUGAGAUCCCUGGAAAGGCUUGUGAUCUCCACUACUAAAGAGCUCUUGGCUAUUAAUGUUGCGAUCAGUAUACUCUGAUCGUCUUCAGGAGAAUGGCUUUUGAGAACAUUUAGAACUAAUAGCUCUUAGCAGAGCUCUCCAGCCCUUUUCAGGGCUUUAGUCCCCUUUAAAGAAUGACAUGGUGUAACCCUGAAACUUUACUUACAACUUAAAUAUACAUUGUUAUCAAAUGACCUGAAGCAUGUCCUGCAGUGCUGCUCCUGUUUGGCCAAUAGGUAGGUUUAUAUUGCUUAUUUACAAACAUAUUAAUGUCAUUGACUCUGUGGUCCAAACAUUGUCAGGUUAGUAGUGGAUACCAAAAUGGAUUUUAAACUGAUUGUUUUCUUAACUUUUUUUU